UGUUCAAUUAACUGAUAUUUAACAUCCCUAAUUCACACUGUUAUGGUGAGAAAAUACCAUUUUUGUUGAGCUCUGACACUUCAGAAAAAUUUUCAACCUCAUUCUGAUUCUAUAGCUACUUAAGUGCACGCUUGGCUUCAAGCAUCUGAAGUUACAUUGACUUCAGUAAAACACAGGUUAAAGGUAGUCAUAUGAAUAAGUAUUUGCAGGCUUGGUGUCUUAAUAGAACAGAAAUAUAUAAAAGAAGAGUGACUAUUAUGGCCAUUUAUUAUCACAGAAAGUUGAAGCGAUUUGCCUCAGGGCAGUGCAACCAAAUGGAUAAGCCAUGAGUUUGUAAAACAUUAUACAACAUAAUAUGAAAUCUCUCCCUUUCUAUCCACAACAACUAAAUAUUGAUCCUUCAGAUUCAUAUCCUUCUUCAUCCUUCCUCAAAUCCCUGUCCACCAGCCCAGUCUUAACAGUGUGCCCUCAACAGGUAGAUGUUAUAUCAAACCAAGAAGGGAAGCGAAUUCCACAGGCUCUCUCACCUCAGUGUUCAUGUGCUUUGGAUUAUAAUGUGGUUUUGCUUGAAAAGACAGAUGGAAUUUCUCAGCGAUGUAGAUCAUCAAAAAGCAGACUGGGAUAGCAUUCAUGAGAAAAUAUGUCAAUUGUUGAUCCCAAUACGUACGUCAUUACCAUUUUUCAACUCUGAAAAAGAAAGAAAGCAUGGCAUGGAACAGCUUUUGCACAGGCAGAAACACGUAAUUGACCUUACUCACAAAGUUGCCCAGAAGUUUGUGUUUGAAGGAAAACAUGAACAAGCAAUUCCUGCAGCUUUACAUUCACUGCGUUUCAGCAUUAAUAUCUGUGGCCCAGAUUCUAUGGAAUUAGUUCCUGCUUAUCUCAUUUUAGCUGAGGCUAGCACUGGGCUUGGCCAUCUUACUCAGGCAGAUGAUUACCUCUCACAAGCUCAGUGGAUUGUCCUCAAAACUUCUGAUUGCAAUAAUGGCAUUCAGUCUAAAUUGCAUCGUAACCUGGGUCUCCUCUAUGCUGCAAAAGGAAAUUUUGAAGAGGCUUUAUACCACCUGGCUAUUGAUAUUUACUUUGCCAGUUGUGCAUUUGGAACUCAUGACAUUAGUACGUCUGGAGGUUAUUUCCACAUGGCUAAUGUGUUCUUUCAUCAGAACAAAAUGGACAUUGCAGACUCAUUAUACACCGAGGUAACUGAUAUCUGGCAUGCCUAUUUCAGUAGACUGAUUCAAGUUCAAUCACAAACUCUCACAUCUCCAGCAGAAAUUAAUAUAUUGUCUGAAGAAGUGGAAAUCAGUGAAGAACCUCUGAAUGAAGCCCAGCAAGCCGAAGCAAGUCAAGUACUGAACGCAAUAUUAGAUAUCAGAGAACAAGCACCAAGGCAACAACCUGCAAAAACUGCCAGUGUUGCACAUGCUCUUGCAAUGCUUCAUUAUUUGAUCUUGGAUUUACCAAAGGCUCAUGAAUUUGUGGUGAAAGCUUUUCUGAUAAGCCAACAAUUGCCAGACCAAGAGGCAUCAGAAGUUAUUCAUCAUCUAUUUAAAUUGAUUAAAUCCAAAUCUUUCUCCACAAAAUAGGGUCCAGUUUCUUCACAUCUUUAUCUUUUCAACUAGAUUGCAUUAUGAGCUUCAUACUUUUUGCCUGCUAUCAUUUUCUAGAAACGUUCUUUGUAUAUUUGCUUGCUUUUAUUAAAAUUACACUUUAUGCUAGUUUGUUGCUAUAUUGUACCCAAUUUGAUUUUACAUGGAUGGUGGUAAAAUAUAAUAAUGUUACAGGGUAUGAAGCAGAUGUGUACCCAGUAUUAUAAACAAGUAAAUAUGCUACCAUUUCUCCAUUCUGUCUUGAAAGCUUUCUGGUAUAUUUCAGUGGAGAUUAAUGUGUCCUUCAAAUGUCUCAAACUAUCAUUUUCAAAUGUGUUCAAGCCUAUAGCUUUGAGGAGCUGUAUGAAGGGCUUGUGUUCUGGACAUAGGGGCUAUGUCGAUACUCACGGCUUCUUGCGCAAGUA